GCGCUGCGUCACUUUUACUGUUGAGACGAAGAAAAACCAAGCGGGAAGCUGCAGCCCAUACAUUUAGCUAGCACGCAGCUAGCUGUAGCUACCGAAAGGUGCCAACGAAGACUUGAAGAUGCCCAGGGAAAUCAUAACACUACAACUUGGACAGUGCGGGAAUCAAAUCGGCUUUGAGUUCUGGAAGCAGCUGUGCGCAGAGCAUGGCAUCAGUCCAGAGGGGAUCGUUGAGGAGUUUGCCACUGAAGGGACCGACAGAAAGGAUGUGUUCUUCUAUCAGGCCGAUGACGAGCACUACAUCCCCCGUGCCGUCCUCCUGGACCUGGAGCCCAGGGUGAUCCACUCCAUCCUCAACUCCCCCUACGCUAACCUGUACAACCCGGAGAACAUUUACCUGUCGGAGCACGGCGGAGGUGCCGGGAACAACUGGGCCAGCGGAUACUCGCAGGGGAAAAAAAUCCAAGAGGACAUAUUCGACAUCAUUGACCGGGAGGCAGACGGAAGCGACAGUCUCGAGGGAUUUGUCCUCUGUCAUUCCAUCGCUGGGGGGACGGGCUCGGGUCUGGGGUCAUACCUGCUGGAGAAGCUGAACGACAGGUACCCCAAGAAGCUGGUGCAGACGUACUCCGUCUUCCCCAACCAGGACGAGAUGAGCGACGUGGUGGUGCAGCCAUACAACUCGCUGCUGACGCUCAAGAGGCUCACACAGAACGCCGACUGCGUGGUGGUUCUGGACAACACGGCUCUGAAUCGCAUCGCCACAGACCGCCUGCACAUCCAGAAUCCUUCCUUCUCACAGAUCAACCAGCUGGUGUCCACCAUCAUGUCAGCAAGCACCACCACGCUGCGCUACCCGGGCUACAUGAACAACGACCUCAUCGGCCUCAUCGCCUCCCUCAUUCCCACGCCGCGCCUCCACUUCCUGAUGACGGGCUACACGCCGCUCACCACUGACCAGUCGGUGGCCAGCGUGAGGAAGACCACCGUGCUGGACGUGAUGAGGAGGCUCCUGCAGCCCAAGAACGUGAUGGUGUCCACGGGCAGAGAGCGCCAGCCCAGCCACUGCUACAUCGCCAUCCUCAACAUCAUCCAGGGGGAGGUGGACCCCACUCAGGUGCACAAAAGCCUCCAAAGGAUCCGUGAGCGCAAACUGGCCAGCUUCAUCCCGUGGGGUCCUGCCAGCAUCCAGGUGGCGCUGUCCAGGAAGUCCCCCUACCUGCCAUCAGCCCACAGAGUCAGCGGCCUCAUGAUGGCCAAUCACACCAGCAUCUCCUCUCUGUUCGAGCGUACGUGCCGUCAGUACGACAAGCUGCGCAAACGUGAGGCCUUCCUGGAGCAGUUCCGCAAGGAGGACAUCUUCAAGGACAACUUUGACGAGCUGGACAACUCCCGCGAGGUGGUGCAGCAGCUGGUGGAUGAGUACAGCGCCGCCACCCGGCCCGACUACAUCUCCUGGGGCACGCAGGAACAGUAACUCCUCUUCCUCCUCCUUGUUGUAUUCACACGUGCAGCACUGUGCACCCCUAGCUUUGUCGCUUUAAUGACCUUUUCCACAGCAAUCAUGCAGGAAAACAGCGGAUAAGAGGACUCAUACAGGUCUUAGAGCAUUUUGCACAGUAAUGUAGACCACAACCUUGAAUAUAACAUGUCUUUUAUGCUAAACAGUAGUAGUGGAGUUUCCCGGUUUUGUUGCCCAUUUUUGUUCAUUUCCAUAUUUUUUUGUGUGCUCCCGAUGGCUUGUGAACCGUCUGCAGCCUAUCAAAAAGCGUAGCCUCAGGUCAAGACGUGGGGUUGAGGUGAUGCAUGAUGGGUGUCCAUGCUUGAACAAUGUAUUUUUUAUUUAAAUAAAAUAAGACCAGGUUCACAGGUAAUCUGCACUGACAGUGAUUAUAAACACACAUACACUCAAAUGACAUUUCAUUAGGUCAACUGAUACCAGAAAAAUAUAUUUGGCUGUUUCUAAUACUGUAUUUUCACCCUCUCGUGCAGCUAAUUGAAGUUAAAAAUGAAAAUACACAUUUUUAUGGAUCAUUGGAUGUGCAGGUGUACCUAAUGAAGUGUCCAGUGAGUGUUAAAAGGUUUCAUAGUUACUUUGCUUGAUGGACCUAUUUAAAAUGUAAAAAAAAAAAGUGAAAUAAAGGCAUUUUCUAGUA